CUUGACGUUUGACGUAGCCAACCAACUAUCAACCAACGGCCGUUGGGGCUUGAAUUUUAUUAUUUUAAUUUUGUUAAAAGUAAUUGUUAUUCACAACUAAUCAAUUAUAAUAUACAAUAACCAGUGCAAUGAAACCUAUAUUAGUUAAUUUGAACAUUGGUGACCAAUUGACAGCUACAUCAUGCGGCCAUGUCGUCGCAGAAUUAAUUAAAUUUAUUGCUCAUCAAAGACUACAGAUACCUUAUACCUAUCAAUGGUUAAAACAAGUUGUUAAUAAGAAAAAGAUGAGUGAAAAUGUUGACAAAAAAGACAGUUUGCAAUCUGAAAUGCAUUUUCGUUUAGUCUCCCGUGCAUUAGAAAACUUAGAUUUCAUUUUAAAGAGUCUACUUCAAGAGAUAAAUGGUUCAAUGAUCCCAGAAGAAGUGUGCAUUGCUCUGGGGAGCACCCCUGUAACGUGCAAGGAAGUUUACAGGCUGUUGCUGCCCACCAUGUGCCACACGUCCCAGUGUCACUCCAACCAUAUUGCAACAGACCAGAAAAUACAGAGAAGCGUCUUCAAAACAUUGGUGACAUCCCAAUUAAGUCAAGUGAUCUUCUCACCCAUGACCCCAACCAACAUGUACAUCUUCAUAAGAAAGAAGCAAACAAAGGUUCCUGUGACCAGCGAUACCUUCAUCCCAGCCCGUGGAUGCAGGCUCCCGAAGGACACCAAGAUUGUUGUUGUCGACUUCCGAGCAGAGAAGCAGGGUAACCUCUCUUGUUGUAACGAUUUCCAGAUAUUCGGAGAAGUUAUUAGUGAAAGCAUGGUAAAUUUGCAAUUGGGCGAUGAACCUAACUUUAGCGAGAUAGAGUCAAGUGAAACUAUGGCCUGGUACCAGUCUUCGUAUGUAAUGAAGGGAUUUAAAGAUUGCAUUGUCAAUGGGAGCUCAGUCACGAACAUGUGGCUUGAGUCUUGAUAAAUAGACUGAUCAUUUAGUACAUUUAUCAUAUUGGCUUAUAAAAGUAUAUUCAUUACCAGUAAAGCGUUCACGCGGCGUGUCGAUUAGUAUGGAACCGCCGAGAAAACGCGGCGCACGAACGCUAGUGUGUAAGAGCCCGUAGAGUCAGACCAAGCUAAUUCGGCAGGGAUUUUGAUAGCACAGACUGUGCAAGUGUUAUUUUAAACGUCAAACUUCUAUGAAAUUCUUACGUUAAUUAACACUUGCACUGUCUGUGCUAUCAAAAUAGCUGCUGAGUUGGCUUGGUUAGUGGCGUGAAGCCCUUUUCUUUCACUGCGCUCGAAGGGGCCUCGCGCGAGGCCGUGGGUGACGGCCCACUUCGCCCACGCCUAGCUACGCCACUGAGCUAAUGAGCUUGGUCUAACUCUAUUCACCAGAUAUGGACGCACCUGUGGUAGCAUUGAAUGUGAGCAGGAUAUCGCUAUAUACUGAAAUAGCGCUGUCUCACUUGCAUGGUCUGAUAACCGCGUAGCUUCCGACAUGCCGUAUGCAGAAUAAAUUUUAAAGAUGAUAUAUUAUUGGCCAGUAUCCCUACUAGGAGAUGGUCAAAUACACUAUUUCAAUCAUAAACUUAUAAAUGAAAUUAGGUAGUAAAAUUGUACUUUAUGAUUAAAUUUUAUUAAUUAUGAAAAAAAAACCACUAUUGUCAUAGGAUUUGCUCAAAAUAUUCUUAUGUUGCCAUAGCGUAGAUUAUUGUUUGAUAUAGUAUAAAUAUGACUUUAGAUAGGUAAAUAUUUGACUAAGUUAGCGAUCCAUAGUGUGUACCUAUUAAUACUAAUAAUACUACAACAAUUUUGUUUUAUUGUAUUCAAAGUAAUUUUUUAUGUUACAUAAUUUAAAUAAACUGACGUA